UAUUUACUACUUGUUUUUAAAAACCGAGUCAGAGAAACCCUUAAGAUUUUAACAUUUUGGCCAGGCAUUUCUUGGACACCUAUAGGAUGUCAAGCGCACAUAUGAUUGAGGAUAUUAAUAUAAGUGAAAAAGAUGAUGACACUGCACAUUUAUCCGGCCCCUGAUGGCAACACCUACACAACAGGAACUGUCCUUAAUUGGCUUCAUUCGGGGCGGAACAUCUGCAAAUAGGCUCGUUUUAUAACCACAACCACAUCCUUCAUGUCAUACUUUCGUCACAAGCACUCUGACUGUGCAUGUAGAUCGGUAGAAGAUUGGUAUAACGUAAAUGUCAGGAGGAUUUAUGCAAUGUAUAAAUGGUGUUUGAUUGAGAACUGCAGAUUUUUAUAUUUUCACCAACAUUUUAUGUUUUUGUAAACGGGGUCAAUGGGAAUAUUAUCAAGUUUGCAUGUGGGCUCUGUACAAUGCAUUUGAGCAGGCUUGACCACAGUUUCUGUCAUUGUUUCUCCAUGAUGGCUCUAUGGCAAGCCAUAUUCUUGCUUGUUGUUUGUGGACAUAUUGAGUGCAGUGUUGAUUUGAGAAGAAACGCUACCGUUUUUGUAGCUCGACUGACCACAUUUCCUUUCACAUCACUGUUUGCAGAUGACAGUGUUUGCAAUGUGACCUGCACCACAGACUUCAUCUCCACACUGAACUGCUCUAAUUCUGACUUGGCAGGAUUAGCUUCAUGUGAUGUUGUGGCAGAUUGCAGAAGUGAAUUUUCUGAUGCAAAUGGGAGCUGCAGUAUCAUAUCGCCACAAUCCUGGUGCACAAUGGAACAAGAGGAGCUGGAUACGAUAAUGUCCUUUGAUACCAACUGUUCUAUCAAAGUAACGCAAAUGGACAAACAAGGCAAUACGGAGAUCCCUGCAAAGAGUUACUCUGAAACAAUCAUUUUAUACAGAUAUAUUAAGCUAAAGCAACCUUUCAACCUAAACAUUGCAAAAGUUGACAGGGGUUUCAAUCUCACUUGGGAUGUGGAUUAUAAAGAUCAUGAACUGUAUGAGGACUUAUACUACAGAGUACGAUUACAAAAUAAAACUGAUAAGAAGGAGCAAAUUUACAUCCUGGAGCAAAACCAACAAUUCAUGGUUUUCCUCAGUGAAAAUCUCCUGCCAGGGAGGCAGUAUGUGGCAGACAUUCAGGUCGCCGUACACCCGAGGUCAAUUAAAUCCAAGUGGAGUGAAUGGAGCAACAGCGUUGAAUGGACAACUGACUCUCCAGAGACGGAGCAGUACUAUUUCCUGCUGCUGGCACUUCCUGUUGUGGCGGUGGUGCUGCUUGUGUACAGUGGGAAACUAGGGAGCUUUAAAAAGCCCACCUUAUGGCAGCACAUCCCAAGCCCCCAUGAGUACUUCACACCGCUCUACCAUACAUAUCAAGGAGACUUUAAGAGAUGGGUCGGACCGGUCCUGACCUUCAAUAACUUCGAUUUCCAAGAGAAGAGCACCACUUUGCAGGUGCUUUGUGAGAAGCAGCAGAACGAAAGCUCUGGGGAACCUGGCAACGGUAGGAACGGCGAUCGGGACUUUGGUCUGUCGGGUCAAAACUCAUCGAAACUCUACUUCCUUGGAAGCAACAGUCACAAUGUCGCACACUCCGGUGGCCACAUAUCGAUGGACACCGUUACAGUUUCUGGUCAGGAGGGCAUCAUGGCCGACUGGUCCGGUGACAAUCAUAGACGGAGCCUAGAGGACUUCCUCAAUGACAAAGACGGCAAUCAGAGAGCGGCUGAGAUCGCAGACAGACAGCCUCUUGUACCCGAAGGCAGCGGUAGUUUACGGGGUUUAGACUGCGAUGACUGGCAUCUACAGGAGCACGACUUGGAGAACAUUGAACAGGUCUCGCUGGACUCUUACAAUUCCAACGAGCAGUCCGAUGAUGGUUACCCACAAAUGGGAUUGGAUUUAGACACCAUAGACAGUGGAUUUCUGGAGUCGGACUGUUCAAGCCCGUCGGCUUUUGAUGGGAAUGAGCAGAUAGAGACUGAAUCGCUGGAUGGCGUGGGAGGCUCCCAUUCGAAUUAUGUCAAACAGUGGGUGGCUUUUACAGCAGUUCAAGUUGAUGCCCACAGCACUGGAAAGUAGCUGAUCAUGGGAGUUUCUAUUACUACAAUGAACUGAAUAAUAAACAGGUGAUGGUGGAAGCGUCUACAGAAUAUUUGAAGACAUCACUGUUUGGACCUAAUUUGCACACAAUGCGUUUAUGUGAGCAGUUUCUUCUUACACUGAACUGUAUUUGUGGCAUAAUGCCACAAAAUAGACUAAAUGUUAGACAGUUGUAUGAUCGUUCACAGGACAUUGGUUUACAUUAGGCUGCAGGACAGUGUGUAUGGAUGCAUCUCAGCCUGCAUACUUUCAAUCCUGUGGGUCAGAGUUUGCGCAACUAACAAUCAAUAUCCAUCACUCUAAUUGUACAUUUUUUUUGUCAUGCUCUAUUUUUAUUUCAGUAAAAUAUUGUAAUGCUUGGCAUUUUUAAUGCGACAUUGAUAUCACAAGAACUUCUGUGGCAAUGAUAAUGGACAGAAUCCCAGUAAUUAUUCCACUGAGCUUUACUUGGAAUUUCUUAGUUUUUCUCUUGAACUCGUCCCUCUCCUGGUCAGUUUUGCACUUUAAAAAAUUGUUUUCUCCCCUUUACUUCACUUCUAAUCCCACAUAACUAUGGAAGUCCAUUUUCACCUGCAGAGUAAAAAAAAAUGUAGUAAUUGAAAGUCACAAUUAUGAAAUAACAAAUAACGUCUCGGAGUAAAACUAAAUAAAUAUGCAAUUGUGACUUUAUUUGUUGCAGUUGCGACAUAUUUUUUAUUAUAUAUCGGAUCUGCCACAAAUAAAGUUACAAUUGUCUUUUUUAUUUACGGUAUAUAAAACAACCUCUGCCUAUAGAAUGCAAAAGAACAAUUAGUGUCUCAAAUCAGCUUGUUGAAAAUAUUAUGCCAAAAACGUCUGGUGGUUUACUAUCCCAGCUAACAAGAACAAGAACAAUGUUCCAAGAACAUUUUGCUAACAUUUCCAUAAAGUUAUGAAAAUGUUUUUUUUUUUUCUUCGGUUCUCUGAAGGUUCAAAAUGUUAAAGAAACGUUCCGUUUUAUCAUUCUUAAAACAUUAUAUGAAUGUUACUUUUGAAUGUUCUCUGAACCUUCAAAAACAAGUAGCAUUUAAAAAUAUGUUAGAUGAACAUCCAACUAAAACAUUUCAGGAAAAAAAAGUUAUAUGAAUGAUGUAAAAAUAACAAUUUUGUGCUAACAUUUUGAGAACAUUAUUAAAAGAGCAUAUAACUUUCUAUUAAUGUUACUGGAAGAGCACUUGCUCAUAACUUUGAUAGAACCCUGAUAGAACGUUAGCUAAAGUUCUGGGAACAUUCCCUGUUAGCUGGGAUGUCAGUUAUGUGUCUAAAAACCAUUAAUCUUUUUGAGCUGACAGGGUAUGAAAAUAUUCAAUUUAGAAGUUUUAAGAAUUAGCUAAAAAGCCCAAACUGAUCAAUCUUAAUAUUUGGGGGACAUGUACAAAUAUUUGAAUCUAAGAAGAGUAAUGAACAUGCUAAUGUUUACAUGCUAACAUCAAGAGAAUGGCUACAUGACAGUGGACUGUGGUGAUUUUAUAAUGUAUUUUACUGUCAAUACUGACACAGCAUCUAACUACAUACUCUGCGUCAAGUACAUUUAGCAUGUAUAAUAGAUGUACUAAGGGAAGUGAGGUGCGACCAAUGUCUAGGUACUGAUUAUCUGUUGAGGUAAUACUGAGAAAUUAAGCACUUUGCAAAUUUUUUCAUUAGAAAUACGUGAGCUGUGCAGUUUUUCUGUUAUUGCGCACAAUGUUGGAGUUAUCAGUGUUUGCUGCACAGAGCAAGAUAAGGUAUGAGUCAUGGACGGGUCUACAAAAAGCCAGAUAGCUGAUAAUACUACGGGUAUUUCUACAUAUCAGAUCUUUGAACAAACGAUUAGCUCAGCAGUCAGAAUCUCUUGUUUUUGUUUUUUUUUUGUCAAGUGCUUUUUGACCCUUUUAUUUUUCCAUUAAUGCAAGACACAUCUCUUGAUUUUCAUGAAAUUAUUAAAUGCACUUUAUUUUCA